AGUUAGUAUAGUUUUGCACAGAGCAUCGAUCGGUUUAGUUUACGCAGUUCGUCGGUCAGUUUGUCCGCGCGUGGAAAAACACGAUCACCGCGCACUGAUCGUUUUCGGGUGAGAGGGCUGUGAGCGUUGAGCAGAAUCGGUUGCAGCGUAGCCAGAUUAAGCCUUCCGGAGACCAACGAACGACUCUCUUGAUCACUUGAAUUCAGCGUACAGCUUCACGCUUUCGGAUAAAUACGUUUUAGUUGCACCGUCGCAGUUUUAAAUCCUCGAAAACUGAUCGAGCUGUUUAAAAGCCGAUGUCCGUUGAUUCAGAAGCAGCAGGGCUCGGCGGGCAGGCGUCGGUACCGGGUGAUUAUUGUGGUGGCUCAAUUGAAUACCGAAGAAAAUAGAAGCAAUCAACGCGCACACACUCGGAUUUUAAAAGCUCUCUUCCUGUACUGCUGGGAGAGAAGCUGAGGGGCUGUUUAAGUCAGGAAAGGGAACAACAAGCAGCUUAAGCGUGUUUUGGUUCGGAUUGCAAUUAACCGAUGCCGCCACCAUUGGCAUUGUUUGCAAAUUUGAGCUGGCUUCACUGUGCAGAGAGUGAUCGGGUGCUUGCUCGGCUCGGGCCCUAGAUGACGUAGAUUCCAGGUGGGCUCGGCAGUAGCUGCACCGACGACAGAAGAGUUUCGUUGCUUUUGGCGAAGACAGGAGACAUUCAUUAACUGUAAAAAUAUUAAGGCCACACUAGCGCAGCACUUUGUGAGUGAUCAAAUACUUCAACCGAAAAAGAAGCAUGAACUGGUGAAAAUAGUGCCCCGUAAGGUGUGUGUGAUGGACUCACACGACAUUAAAAGUGAAACGUAAUGGCAACGACAAACCGUAAUCGUAAAAAUAUUCUCACGCUAAACGGGGUUAACGGGUUCAAUGGGGUGCAUUUAAGUGGACAUCAUCAGCAUAAUGGAUACCAUCACCUUCACCAUCAGCCCCAGUUGGCCCAACCGCAACAUCCGCUUCAACAGCAGGACGCAGGAAGUGGGGAAGGACUUCCGAAGCCAUUCGUGUCUGCGAUGCGCACAUUGUUCGAUAUUAUGGACGACGACAAAACUGGUUUGGUGAAACUGGCCGAUAUUGAAGACCGCUGGCAGGACGAUGGAUCCAAGGGACUGCCACGGGGAGUAAUUGAUAGCCUGCGUAAGGUUACGCCCCCUAAUGGAUUGCUCUCGUUCGAGCGAUUCUGCAGCGGCCUGAAGAUAUGCUUGGUACGCAAUCAAGCCGAAGCGAGCAGAACGACUCGGUUCUCCAAAGAGUCUGAAAAGUUGCCUCUCUCUCCGACCAAGCUCUCCGUUCGGCCACCCUCGGCCCCAAUACUCGACCUGGAUAGCAUAUCCAAACCGUCCUGGACAAGCAACAGCACCAACACUGCCACCGUCCGUCCGAACAAUGCCAUGCCCGCGCAGAAGACACUCAGUAUGCCGCAGCUCAACCCGGACAGUGACCUAGAUCUUGAAUCACCACCAAUUAUCCUUCCGGGCACUUAUGGCCCCCCAAAGCCUCCCCGAGUUGCCCUGAACCUCGAACGAGCCGCCCAACCCAGUUCCAACAUCGACAAAGCGGAGAUUCGCAACGCUCUCCAGAACUGGCAAAUGUCGCUGCUCAUGAAUGAAACGGACAAACCGGACAAGGCGCAUCUUCGCUUGGCUCGGGGGUCGGCCGACGGCCAGAUUGACCUCUCCAACACGACCAGUUCAUCGCCCUCGUUGGGAAUACACUCGACUGGACUAUACCAGAAGAAGGGAAGCGGCAACAGACGGCGGGAGCCCCGACGACACACGCUGCAGAAUGGCGUCGACUACAAUAUGCUCAAGCGGCUGAAGCAGAUCGAACAGGAGAAGGACAUCCUGCUGCAGGGGCUGACGGCGGUGGAGAAGGCCCGCGACUGGUACCUGAAACAGCUGGCGAACGUGCAGGAGAGGAUCAAGUACCUGGGCCGGUCCGGGGCGCAUAUGGAAACCUGGACCGACACGCACCAGGAACGACUGGACCUACAGCGAGCCCGUGUUUUGGAAGUUAACCGUCACCUGAUGACCCUGGCCGAGAGUUGGGAACGCGGUGGCUUCCCAAUGCACAUGAACCUAGCCCUUCGACCUCCUGCAGCGAUGACCUACCAUCAUUCAGCACAACAACAGCAGCAGCGAGCCCAGGCACAGGCCCAACCUACUGUGGUCAAUUCCCCCGGAAGCGGCGGCCCAGGAAACGCACCAACGGAAAUGGUCAACCGACUGAAGCAACAAAACGUUCAACUCUCGGAAGAGGUCAACCAGAAGAAUGAAAAACUGUCACUUCUAGAGCGGGAAAAGUCUUCCCUGAUACGGGAACUGUUGCAGCUGCAGAGAGCCAACCGAGCCAGUAGCAUGACGUCGAAUACCGAGGAGCUGGUGUUCUGACCGAGGAAAGAUUGCCAUUCCAGAUUUCUCUCUCGCUUUUCCCCCAGUUACGACAAUCGCGCUAGUCAAAAGUUAGCAGAUUUCCGAGCAACAAAUAUAUAGAUGAAAAAAAUAACGAUGAUGUGUAAAUGGAUAGUUAGGUGGAUGAGCACAGCUGCCUCAAUGUGAUUACUUAAGGUGUUAUUUGUGUCGAAAUUUUUCAAUGGUUUUUUAAAUUGUUUUGAUAGUAAAGAAAUUUUUAGUGUA